CUCUAACCAGCUAAGUACUUAUUGCAAAAUAUUUCAGCAGUCGCGGUUAAUCGCGUGUAUUUACAUGUUUUGCUGCGUCAGGGAUUUUAACUGGAUUGCACGAAUACAACUGAACAGUUGUUAGAGUAAGUUUCAGCGGAAGUCUAUAUUGACGACACAAUGUCACGAGAACGUGACAAACUGUUUACCAAGAGUCCUCUUCUGACCAAAUGGAAGUUGGAGACCACUACAGGUUUGAGAGGUGGACUUGGAGGGUCAAGUCUACUUUCAACAUCCAAGGCUGGCGAUGCAGGGCGUAAGCGGAAAGGCAAUGAUUCCUCCGACGUUGACAAUAAAAAGACAAAAGACACAUCAUUCUCUACCCAGAGUUCUCUCCUCAGCACAGAGCUGACCCAGAAAUUGACACUAUCCUCCACCUUGACUGGUGGCAGUUUAUUGUCCGGCAGUGGCCUACUGACCGGUGGACUGUUAUCAAGUUCGUUUCCGAAGACGCUAUUAUUGCCAUCUUUAAGAACAAAAGACGACCAUAGUGAAAAAUCGAGCCAAAGCUCGCAUGAAAAAACCCAGAGGAAAGUGAAAUCAACACGUGGCGAUGCACCUCCAAAGAAACGGUCAGUUGAGGUCAAGGACGCCUCAAGGAAAGGAGAGAAGGCAUCCAAGUUGUCCAAGGUGGCCAAACUGCCCAAGGAGAAGAAGUCGAAGGAGCCAGGGUUUAACUACAAGGCCUAUGAGACAAGCUACCCUGAUUACAAUUUUGCAGGGAUGUAUGCCGGGGAAAGUUUUGAAGUGCCGAACUUCAUGCCGCCAGACAAGGAUGUCCGAGUCAGUAAACACCUUGUGACGGCGCCACUCUGUGAUGUGAAUGGUUUGAAGCAUGCAUUUAUCAAUGCUGUCAGUGCAUCCCUUAUCUGCGCACCCAACUUCAAGGAUUCAAAGGAUAAAGCCAGAAUAGAUCUCAUUGCCAUGUCAGAAAAGGUCACGACCUAUGACCCAGAGUUUCUUCUGAAGGUGGCCUUACACACAAGGAAAGGCUUGAACAUCCGAACUACAGCCAACUUCUUGCUGGCUCUGGCUGCGAAUGUCAAGUCGUGUCGCCCAUACAUGAGAAAGUAUUUCUCUGCUUCCAUCAACCUGCCCUCCGACUGGAUUGAAGUGGCGGAAAUCUACCAGGCGUUUCACGAUGACAGUCUGACAUUCGGGGCACUGCCUGCAACCUUGAGACGAGUAAUGCUGGGAAAGUUUCCAGAUUUCGACAAAUACCAGCUUGCAAAGUAUAACAAGGAUUCAUCAAAGAAGAAGAAGAAGAAGAAGAAGGGAGGAUAUGAAGGUGGACGAGGGAGAGGAAGAGGAAGAGGCAGAGGCAGAGGUAGAGGUGGUAUGAUGCGACCGGGAGGGGUGGGUCAGAAACGCACCUUCUUUGACAGUGACAGCGAAGAGUCUGACAGCGAUGAUGACAACAAGAAACCACGGAGACAGCUGAGUGAUGUGAAUUACGAUGAGGAGAGUGACACAGAGGAAACAUUGGAGCAGAAGACGUUUUCCCUGAAACAACUGAUCCGAAAGUUGCACAUCAAGGAGCCCGUGGAGCACGUCAUGUGUCUCAUUGGCAAGAAGUACCCUUCCACGCUAGAAGAGUUUUAUGCGAGUCGUCUUCCCGGGACUUGGGAGGAGGAGAGGUCAGGCAAGAGGAUGAAGCUUCCGGUGCCGGAGACGUGGGAAACACAGGUGUCAAUGAAGGGGAACAAGGCCGCUGUCUGGGAGGAGCUGAUUGAUCACAAGAAGCUGCCGUUCAUGGCGAUGUUGAGGAACUUGAGAAACCUGAUCAAAGCAGGCAUCUCCCCCAAACAUCACAACAGCAUCCUGUUCAGGCUGACCAAUGAGCGCCAAGUCAUCAACAGCAAACAGUUCCCAUUCCGUUUCUUCUCAGCGUAUGAAGUGCUCACACAGUUGGAGAAGGACUAUGAGAAAAAUCAAAAAGACAUUAUACAGGAAGCUGAGAGCAAUGCUACGGCAUCAGGAGUAACUCGGGGUCGGGGCAGAGGUCGUGGAGGCAGAGGUCGGGGAGCAAAGGACAAGUGGUGGAUAAACAGGAAGGACAAAAAGAAGCAGCAAGGCACGAGUGAGGUUGCCUAUGACCAGAACCUGAUCGUGCGGUACCGCAAGGCCCUGGACACAGCUGUGAAGAUUGCCACGGUCUACAACGUUCAGCCCAUCAGAGGCAGGACCAUCAUCUUCUGUGACAUUAGCGACGAGAUGAAAAUACCGUGCACUGCAGCGAGAGGACUUGGCAAGCCGAGAAUGAUGGACGAGGUGGCUGUUCUGCUGGGCCUGAUGUGCAAGCAUUCCUGUGAGGAAAGUAUGUUGAUCGUCUACAACGACACCCACUACGCCAGCAUCGACAUCGCUAAGGGCACGAUCCUGGACAACAUGGGCACUGUACUUAAUUCUCCCAUAUCUGAGAUGAGUGGUAGACAUCCGCUGACGAAGGGGCUGCCAUUCCAAGUGCUGGUGGAGGUGCUCCGAGACAGAAUACAGGUGGACAAUCUGAUCAUCUUGAGUGGUGGAGUUGACCCGACUUCGGACAAAGGUCAAGUGAUGUCGGACUUCCUGAAGAUGUAUCGGCAGGUGGUCAACCAGAACCUGCUUUACUGCAGCGUGUCAUUCGCAGGGAGAAACACCGGGUUUGCUCAGAACAUCAAACCAGAGCAUGACAAUGACAUCUACAUCACCGGCUUCAGCGACCAGAUUCUCAGGUUCAUUGCUGAACGUGGAGAUGGAGGGCAGUUACUCCAUGUUGAGAACAUCGACGAGGCAUUCAAGCUGAAGUCUGUGGUGGUGACUGCCCUUGAGAAGGUCGACAAGGGGCAGGUCAAGGUCACUCCAGAGAGGGUGCUGCCAAUCUCAGCCCAGAUGCCCAGAUGGCGAACAGCUAGGGUGUUCAUCUCGUCAACGUUCCGGGACAUGCAUGGGGAACGUGACCUCCUGACCCGAUUUGUGUUCCCCGAGCUGCGGGAGCGUGGCCGGAAACACUUCAUCAACGUGUACGAGGUGGAUCUCAGGUGGGGCGUCACGGAGGAACAGACCAAGCUCAACAGAACCUUGGACCUGUGUCUUCAGGAGCUGACCAAAUGUCAGUUCUUCCUCGGUAUCCUUGGCAACCGAUAUGGUUGGGUUCCAGACAAGUAUGAGGUGCCGGACACUGCCGAGUUUGACUGGGUCCGUAACUACCCGCCUGGAGCAUCUGUAACAGAACUGGAGAUGCACUCAGCGGCAUUGUCCCAGCCGAACAAGGUCCGCGAGAGAUCCUUCUUUUACGUCAGAGACAGCACGUUUGAAAGAGAUGUCCCUAAGGAGUUCGUUACUGAUUUCACCACUGAGACCGAGAUCAGCAGAGAGAGACUGGCACGCCUGAAGACUCGUGUCCGAGCAAGUGGUCUGGAGGUUUACGAUGGUUAUCCCUGUACCUGGGGGGGCUCCGUGGACCAGAAGCCCAUCACCAGCGGACUUAACGAGUUCGGGAUGCGAGUUCUCAACAACUUGUGGGCUGCCAUUCAAAACCAGUACCCAGAUGAGGAGGCCAUGCUUGAUGAGGACACACACAUUGCCAAGCUGCACCGAGCGUUUGUCGACAGCCGCCAGUCCCAGUUCAUUGGUCGGAAGGCCCUAAUCAAGGAUUGUAUCAACAAGAUAGUUGAGAUACAGUCGGGAGUCAUCACACUGGCCGGAAAACCAGGUUCAGGGAAAACAUCCCUCGUGGCCUCCCUUGUUCAUUCCUACAUCGAGUCCAAGUUCUGUGACAGCGCCUCCACUGUCCUGGUGCACAUGGUUGGUGCCGCGCCCGGCUCGCAGAACAUCAUGGCCACCGUCAAGCGCCUGUGUCACGAGAUCAAUCGACUGUUUGGUCUGCAGUCGGAGAUACCGGAAGACUUCAAGAACCUUGUGGUGAAGUUCGGAGAGCUGUUGAAGGAAGCAGGAAAGGUGUGUGGCUCCACGAUGGUGGUGGUGAUGGACGGACUUGACCUGAUGGACAACGCCCACCAACCUUACAACAUGGAGUGGCUCCCCAACCCGGUGCCAGAGAAUGUGGUGUUUGUGCUUUCUGUGGUGGACAAUGAAAAGUGCCACAAGUCUCUACAAAGACUCAACACUCAGGAGAUCGUCAUUGGUGGCCUGGAUGUGUUUGAUAAGGCUGAGGUUGUCCGAACAACUCUUCUAGAACAUCGCAAGACGCUCAGUGAGACCCCAUUCAACAAUCAGCUGAAGCUCAUUACAUCCAAGAAGGAGGCCACUAGUCCCCUCUACCUCAAACUGGCCUGUGAGGAACUCCGAGUCUUUGGAGUCUUCGAGAAGAUAUCCACCAAGUUGAAGUCGCUGCCCCACACAACGCCCCAGUUGCUGCAGGAGGUGCUGGGCAGACUGGAGACUGACCAUGGCCAAAGUGUAGUGGCCACAGCCCUCUCUCUGCUGGUCUGCGCUAGAGAUGGGCUACCAGCAGAGGAUCUUCGAGAACUGCUCACAUGGUGGAACAUUCUAGGAAGUGGCAAGUUUGACAUUAAUGACUUUAUGAACAUUGAGGUCGACUUCGAGGACCUCAUGCCCCCAGCGUCCUUCUCUUACCUCUGCCGCUCAAUCCAGACUUUCCUCAACCCCAGCGGAGCAUGGAGCACCUGCCUGUCAUUGGCCCAUGCGGAGAUAAUGACCGCUGUCCGUCACCGCUAUCUGCGAGGUUCUGCCGCGGACAAGGAACUGACCCUGCACAAGCUACUUGCAGGGUACUACCUCCGCCAGGCCGACCCAGAGAGGACAGGAACAUGGACAGGCCACACCCGUGCCUUCAGUGAGCUGCCCUACCAUCUGGCUGCGAGUGGGUGCUUCACUGAUCUGAAGCUAAUCCUGUGUGACCUUCACUUCAUCAAUGCUAAAUGUAAACUAGGCCUAGCUGCCCAGCUGAUGGAGGACUUUGUCGCAAAAGUGCCCACAAAUAACAAGGCCUUGGAGAGAGAGCUGAUCCGCUUCCAGGCUGUUCUCAGGGUGCAGCAGUAUGCCUCGUUCGUGUCACGCAAUCUACACAUUCUGGCCAGUCACCCAGCCUUGACCUGGCAGCAGGCAGUGAACGAACCCGACACGUCGGAUGUGUGUGCCGAUGCCAAGGCCCUGACGGAGGAGAACAGCUACAUGGAGUGGAGGAACAAGCCGUCACAGACGGACCCCUGCUACCUCAACAUCAGCAACCUCCCACAGCCAGCAGCUUGUGUGACUGUAUCGAGUGACAGCGAGUACUUCGCUACAGGUGGGAUGGACUGCCUCGUCAGGCUGUACAACAUGGAAACUGGCAAGGAGAUCCGCUCAUUCCGAGGACAUGCCGACGCCAUCGCCGACGUGUGUUUCGUGGGGAAGGGUGUCUUGUGCAGCGCAUCCCUAGACAACAGCUUGUGCCUGUGGCAUGUAGAGGAUGGACACAGAAUUGCAGUUCUUAAAGGUCACCAGCGUCGGGUCAACUCCUGCUCGGCCGACCAGUCUGGUAAGCUGGUGGCAUCUGGGGGCUGGGACAGUCAGAUCAAGGUGUGGAACACUGGCUCCACGGAGAUUGUCUGCCACCUGAACACAGACAGCCCCGUCAACUGUGUAGACUUCCAUCCCGAGGGUCAGCUGAUCGUUGCUGGGGGCUGGGACUCCACUCUCAAGAUCUUUGAUGUCUUCCAUAAAAAGAGGAAGGCUGUGCUGCGAGGUCAUAGUUCAUCAGUGCGGGACGUGGCCUACUCUCCCUCCGGCCGACACAUUGCCUCAGCAGCCCUGGACGGUGGUGUCAAGAUCUGGUCUGCGACAAAUGGCUCACAAGUCGGAAACAUCUGUGGUCAUUCCCUGCCUAUCAACAAACUGACCUUCACCCCUACAGGGAAGGAACUGGUCACUGUCAGUGAUGACCACAAGAUUAAGGUAUGGUCUGGGCAUCUGGGAGUUCCACUACACUGCCUGGGGUCAGAGAAGAACGGACCGGUCACUUCUGUAGCACUCUCUCCUGGAGGAGAUCUGGUUGCCGCGGGAUACCAUGAGGGCCAUGUUCGCGUCUUUGAUGUCAACACAGGCAUGCAGCUGGCAGAGGUGAAGCAUCACAGUGCAGCCGUGAGAGCUCUAGCCUACAGUCGGGACGGACGCUACGUCUUCACAGGCGCUGACGACAACAUGGUGCUGAUGUUGGACGGAACCACGGCCACCAAGGUAGCAUCUCUGGAGGGACACACCAUGCCAGUGCUGUGUGUGACGGUCACCGCCAAGUACGUGGCCAGCUGUGGGGAGGACUACACCUGCCUCAUCUUCGGCUCGCCCCGGGAGUGUAAGAAGGCACUCAGACCCUCCCCGAUGGCGACCUUGAAGGGUCACACUGCCCCAGUGACCAGCUGCUCCUUCAACUCGAACCACACCAAGCUGGCCACAGCCAGUCGAGAUGCUUCUGUGAUGAUCUGGGACAUGUUCCAAGUCCUACUGGACCCUGAUGCGGUGGCGGAGAGGACGCUUCACGCCUGCCACAACGACUGGAUCAACUCCUGCAGGUGGUCCAACAUCGGCGACUACCUGGUGACAGGCUCCAAUGAUUUCAACCUGAAGGUUUGGGACGUCAAGACCGGAGCAGAGAAGAACAAACUGACCGGUCACAUGUCUGCGGUCAACUCCGUGGCAUUCCAGUAUGGGUGUAUCGUGUCAGCGUCCAGUGAUGGUCAUGUAAAGGUGUGGUCACACAAGGGCACUGAGAUCACCACCCUGCUCGGACACACACAGAGGGUCAACAGCUGUGACAUUGUGGUCAAGGUCAAACAAGGGGCAGAUGUGGAGGACACAACUGAGGAGGAGACAAUGGACUGGGCAGCUCCCGAGAUUGAUACACCUGACAAGAAGUCUGGACGUUCGGACAUCAAGAUGCAGGAUGUGAUCGUGGCCACGUGUGCAGACGAUGGUCUUCUGAGACUCUGGAAACCCCUGCAGGCAAAUGAGUUGGCAUCUCUGACUGGGCACUCGGAUCGAGUGUUGUCAGUAGCAUCGGACAAGUCUGGCAAUGUAUGCAGCUGUUCAUUGGACAAGUCAGUGAGACUCUGGACCCCACAGCUCAGUGAGGAACACGUCAUCGGUCGCCAUGAUGCUGAGGUCACCUUCUGUGUUGCCUCUCCAGAUAGCUCUACAGUUCUCACAGGAAGCCGAAAUGGUAUCGUGAAGAUAUGGACCUUGGAUCCUGUCACCAACGAGAGAGCAUGCUCUUACAGCUUCAAGGCUCAUGAAAAAUCGGUGAAUGCUGCCUGUUUUGUGAACCGACACAGCAACAAGUUUGCCACGGGUUCUGAUGAUGCAACAAUCAUCAUAUGGGACAUCAUAAAGAAAAGAGAGUCCUUCCUUGUCAAGAAAGGAAAGGUGUUCAGUGUCAUGACUCCCAUCACAGCCCUGGCCUGGAAUGACAAGUACCCGUCCAAGUCCGGACUCACCUUUUUCUCCGCAGAAUGGGACGGCACCAUCAACGUAUGGAACACGGACUAUGGCACGCCUGUCAAUACUAUAAGGAACCCGACAAAUGCUGGCUUCUACAACAGCUGGUCUACCAGGCUGACCUUUUCUGACCAGGAGCUUCUGACAGCAGGCACUGACAGCAAGGUUGUCAUCAUGGACGUCGCGCCAGUACUGCAGGUCAAGUACAAUAGUCCAGUGGUGACCAAAAUGAUGAUGUUUGUGGACAGCUCUGAACUGGACAAACAUGUCCCUCCUCACAAACGUACCAAGACAUGGGUGUUGGAUGUCAUGCAAAGGGGGACAACUGUGUACUGUGUUGACUCCAAGGGGCAGAUAACUGUGGCAAACAGAAACCAAGCACCUGACACCUGGAAAACAGUGAAGAUUCAUGCGGAGGCCAUCACCAGCAUCAUGUCGGUGGCUGGGUGUAUCUUCACAGCCUCCGCAGACCAAACAGUCAAGGUGUGGACGGAAGGCCUGACUCAGAUUGGUCAGUUCUUCUGCCCAGCACCUGUGACCAGCAUGACGCUUGCGGGAACGGUCAGUAGGUCCCCUGUGUGUGUCCCCCUGAUGUGUGGGGACCAGCUGGGCAAUGUCCACCUCCUCACAUGGCGGCAGUGAAGUGACCACAUCACAUGUACAGCAUUGUCUUCUCACUUUAGUAUCCUGCUUCAUCACUUUAGAACAAGUCCUGUCUUUGUUCACAUCUCAAUGUCUUCACAACUAGGCCAUGUAUAUAUACCUUCCCUUUGAUUCCUUUAGAAUUAAGUUCUUAAUUUGCACCUUUAUUUCCAAAAUUAUUUAUUACUUAGCAACACUGCCAUAAUGGACCUGUAGGGUAUAAAAAAACUUGUGUGUAAAUAAUUGUUAUCAAUACGAUUGGUAUUUGUUUUUGCAUAUAUUGUAUCUCCUAACAUCGUCAUUAUUUUCUUAAGUUCUUUUAUUGCCAAUAACAUUGUUUUUUUACUUCAACACAUUUAGGAAAAUAAUUUUCUAAAUUGUACAUAACUGUUAUGCAUAAUUAACCAAUGUAAAUGUGACUGUACAUAUCCCCAAUAUGGCUUCAAAUGCAUGUAUAAUGUACCAAUGAUCAAACAAGUGAUUUAUAUGCAACUUUGAGCAACAUUUCAUGUCAAUGUACCUGUAUUAUUAUUAUCAUUAUUAUGUAAAUAUCAUAUAGCUACAAAUGUUAUGUAUGUAUCAUUAUGUUUGGCAUGCUUUGAUCCUGUGCACACACAGACAUGUAAAUAUAUCUGUACUUGCAUGAAGAAACCUUAUAUUUUGAUCUGUGAAUAUGCAUUAACAAAUAUAUCAUUGUACAUACUAAAAACACAAUAAGUGUAUUUUCUUGAGUAUAGUGUGCACAAAACACUGCCGUGUAGAAGGUGGUGCGCAUUACACACGCCAUAACGAGUUUUGAUUUUUUUUCCCAGCGCAAAGACAUAUUGUAAAUAUGUGUAUACUGAUAUGCCAACACAGAGGUUGGAACCAUUAGUAGUUAGUUCAGAACAGCUUCCUACAUUUCUUGAAUCUUGUAUUGUGACUUUUCAUCACUACUAUAGUCCUGAGUUUGAAUCCCAUUUUUGUGAUCCUUUACCUGAAAAUGUCUCCCUUAUUUCUUUGACCCAGAGGUCUAAAUUAUUAUUCGCUGUGCAGAUGUCCAUCUUCGGCUCAUAGUAUCCACAGGUUGUUGGUUUGAGUCCAAUAUCUGACAGCAACUUGCUAGUAGAUUUCGGGGAAGUGGUCCCUAUCUAUGGCCUGUAACAUUGCACUUCUGACCGCCGAGUGACGUACUGGUCGUUGUUGAACACCACUUAGUGUGCCCUCUUAACAUUAGGCAAGCUUUGGGAACUGGUGAAGAAAGACAUAAUUUUACUAUUAUUUCUGUGUGAUUGUUAUUUAUUUUAUUUUAAUUUUUAUAUUUUGCAUUUGUGAUAAAGAAUUAUUUUAGAAAUGAUUCUAUUUAUUCAGUAAUUCACAUUUUUUAUUUAAACUUUAUUGCAUAAGUUAAGUUGCAUUUAGAUCAAAAUAUCAUUUUAGUAGAUUCUUCUAGACAUUGACAAUCAUAAUUUGACCAUUCAUGAAUGAGAAAGAGAAAGUCAGCCCUUGGCUGAAGUAAUUAUGACUGCUUCAAGAAACACACCAACACUUUCACUUGGUUGGAUUCCGUGUGUUGUCUGUGUAAUAUAGUGUCAGUUAUUCUAGCUGCUGAUUCUGUGAUAAUGAAAUGUCAUAAUCGAAAACAUUUUGUACAAACAUAAUAUUGGUCAAAAUCGUGUAAAUUAUAUAUUAAAUGGAUGGGUUAGAUCGUAGAUCCUACAACUCAAUAUUUGUACAUGUAUGUAUAUAGUUCCAGCUUUGUUUGUUUUAUAACCUGUUUGUACUCGCAUAACUCCGUGUUGUAUAUAUAUAAUGUAUGUAUGUCAUCAGGUAUGCAGUACUUGACAUGUAGUCAUCAGACAGCACCUGUAGUUGGUUACGGAACAUGCUCAGUAUUACGAUGCUCGAGAUGCACUGCAUCAAUGCCUCUGUGAGGAGUACCAGUAUUCUGUGCUUCAUGUUUUCGAUACUGGUACAUUGUUCCUGUAACAAAAAUAUUUGUGUGUUUUGACCACCAUGAUACACAAGAGAAAUCACAUUACAGUAGCAUGUAAUAAACAUAAAUUAAAUACUUGGUAUACAGUAUUUACGAACAACUGUGUAAACGUCUUAAUCAAGAACCAGUUUACCGUCAGAUUUGUGUUAGAAUUGUUUACUGAAUAGAGUAAACAUCACUAGUCAGUAAAAUUUAAAUAUGUUAAGAAAUGUUUUUUUCGCAAAUUCUUUGUUUUGUCUUACUUUUCUCUGUGUUAUAUUUUCAUAACAAAUAAUGUGUAGUGUGGGGAGUUUUGCCUCAAGGGUUAUCAUUCCUUUACAACUUCUAUUUUAGUCAUCGGUGGACCUAUAGCAAGAAUUAGGCUGUUUAUCGAUCAAACCUGGGAAAAAACAAGUUGAUUUCUAUUUAUUAUGCAGUUGCUAGGUUCAACAUGCUGAAUGAACCAUUCCCUGCUGUUAGCCUACUCUUUAAUGGCUACUUCUUAUAUCAGGAAUGAUAUACCUUUUCAUGAGUGCUCAAUUAUGGCAAAACAAAAAAAAAAUUCAGAUUUUUUGCCUGUUUAUCCAGGCUGAUGUUGCAUCUUUAAUGUUACUGGUGGGACUGCAAAUACCCGGAGCAUACAUAACAUAAUGGCAUGUUUAUAUAAAGAUGCUUAACAAUUCAAAUAAAGGUAAAUCGAAGAAAAUAAUACAAAAUUAAAUUUCAGUAAAUGAAUUCAAAUUCAUGAUUGUCGUCAAAUACACUAUAAACCUUUAGUAAACAAGAGAUGUGGUUUAUAAAAUUCAUCAUAACCUCUCCAUGUAUACUUAUUUAUUUGAAAGCCAACAGUGUGUAAAUCUUUCAGACAGGUUUCCCAUUUAGAAAUUGCAAAUUACUUGUUGGUCACAUGAGGAACAAACCGACAUUUACAAAGUUCCUUUUUUUAGCUUUGAACCAUGUGAAGCUGUGUGCAUGGGACGGGUUUUGUUUAAGGUGAAUAUGGCAAUUUUCCCAUCAUAAAAGUCAGUACCAAAUUGUGUUUAACUAUAAGGUUAAUGAGACCGGCAAGUGAUCAAUAUGCCAUAGUUUGAUUCCCAUUACGUUUUUACCUGUGGUUUUGUGUUCAGGUGCGCCACCUAUGUUGUGGUGCAUGAUCUCAGACCGGCCGGCUGUCUCGUGUACAACAUGAGCCGUAGGCUGUGACUGAAUCUAUGAACUGUGCAAUAGUAGUACAAUAAACUCAAAAUACAAAUAAA